CCCAUGACGCGUUUUGGGAAAUUUUGGGAAAUGUUUUCAACAGAAAUAACAUUUUAAUGUCAUUCUGUGCAGUAAUCGUUGUUUCUAACUGGCACAGUCAUUUCAUCAGGUCUGGACAGUGUCUCUAGACAUGCAGCUGUUUGUGUUGACAUUUUGUCUUUUGGCUUGUCUCUCUGUGAAGGCUUUGUCACCCAGCGGCCAGAAUGUUUGUAGACACACCCGAAUCGAGUCGUACACGGUCCAGGAGAGAUACUAUACGAAGUGCGGAUGGUUCAACUGGGGAAGAUGUACACGUCACAGGAACGUAGUUCGUACCAGAACAGCCGUGGACUAUAGGUGUUGCUCCGGAUGGAACAGUGCUGACAACAUUCACUGUAAAAGAGCGAUAUGUACUGGAUCCGCCCCAGGAACUUGUCCAAACGGUGGUGUUUGUAUCCGGCCCACAGUUUGCACAUGCAGGAAGGGAUUUGACCAACCUAACUGUGCAGGUGAACGGUGUGCAACGGCCUUACCCCGGGGAUAUGUGCCAACGGGGGAACGUGUGUGCGACCUGGAGUUUGUCAAUGUCGGACAGGAUACGCUCUGCCUAGAUGUGACGAUGUAA